AUUAAAACAACCACGUAGGCCCAAGAACGGUCCGACCGGUCCAAAACACACUCAAUCAACCGGUUCGCAAACCAUCUCUUGACUACAAAUUCUAAAGAAUAUUCUUUUCCAAUUAUCCAAAUGUCAGGACUCAACAUCUUACCUCACGAUCCUUCCUCUCCUUCCAGCAGCUCCUCCAGCGACCUAUCCAAUGAAUCUUUCUUCAUCACAGGAGGAGGUUUGUUUCUCGAACCACCAGACCUCUCCUCUUCCUUCUUCCACUCCAUCUCCUCCAAAUGCCUCUACUCAGACUCCACCAAUCCUCUGCAUUUCACCCGAAACCAAACCCGUCUCCGCUCCGACAAGAACUUGCUGUUCCUGUCCCUAAGCUUGAGUAAAGACGAAAAAACAGUUUCCAACGGAGCGAGGAGGAGGAUAAGCGGGACCAUGAACACAAGGAAGCAUCUCUGGGCUGGUGCUGUAGCUGCCAUGGUUUCAAAAACUUUCUUAGCUCCACUAGAGAGACUGAAGCUUGAGUACACAGUCCGUGGCGAACAGAGGAGCUUGCUGGUCGUGGCUAAGACCAUUGCCACCACGCAAGGCUUCAGAGGGUUCUGGAAAGGCAACUUGCUCAACGUUCUCCGGACCGCUCCUUUCAAAGCCGUCAACUUUUGCGCCUACGAUAUGUACAGAAAGCAGUUGCUUAGGCUCGCUGGGAGUGAUGAAGCUACUAACUUCGAGAGGUUCGUCGCUGGUGCUGCUGCUGGGAUCACUGCUACUGUUCUCUGCUUGCCACUUGACACCAUACGAACCAAACUAGUGGCUAGGGGAGGAGAAGCCUUGGGAGGGAUCGGAGGAGCGUUCAAGUACAUGAUCCAGAACGAAGGUUUGUUGUCUCUCUACAAGGGUCUAGUCCCUUCAAUAGCAAGCAUGGCUCUGUCCGGUGCGGUUUUCUACGGGGUUUACGACAUUCUUAAGUCGUCGUAUCUGCACACACCGGAAGGCAGGAAGAGACUCAAAGACAUGAAGCAGCAGGGGCAAGAACUCAAUGCUCUGGACAAGCUUGAGUUAGGACCCAUCAGGACUCUCAUGUACGGUGCUGUAGCGGGUGCGUGUACUGAAGUGGCUACGUAUCCUUUUGAAGUAGUGAGACGGCAGCUUCAGAUGCAGAUUGGUAGAGACAAGUUGAAUGCUUUGGCUAUGGGGUUUAAUAUCAUUGAAAGAGGAGGGGUCCCAGCUUUAUACGCUGGGCUUUUGCCUAGCUUGCUUCAGGUGUUGCCUUCUGCUGCAAUAAGUUACUUUGUCUACGAGUGUAUGAAGAUAGUGCUUAAAGUAGAGUGACAAGAAGAUCAUUCAUCCAUAAACACAAUGCAAUGAUAAGUUUUGUUCUAUUUUUAGUCCUUUGAAAUUGCCAAAAAAAUAUAUGAUUUCAAGAGCAUUCAUCCAUAACUA